AUGCCGGAUUUACUUUCGGAUAGUAUCUCAGUAAUCAGCAUCACUAGUAAUUCUUCACGAAUGAGUGCAAAGGCAAGACCACCUAUUAUAAGCCCUUUUAUGCCAUUCUCUACUCAAGUAUCAAUUGAUCCAAGAGAAAACGAGUGCUAUCAAACUUACGGAAGCACAUCUUCAAAUCUCCAAGAAUCCAACUCUUCGAGUUCGGACAAUGACGACGAAACAGAGAGUCUUGAGGAAGAGCCGGCCAAAGGGUUCAUCAGGGAUUGGAUAGAUAAUAUCAAAUCUUUCAAUGCUUCCCAACUUAUUACGAUCGCAAUUCUUUGCUCUUCGAAUCUCUGCUCGACUACAGCAUUUUCUUGCAUCGCACCUUUCUAUCCAGCGGUCGCAAAGAGCAAAUUGCUUUCUGAAACUCAAACUGGUAUUGUGUUCGGAAUUUUUGAAUUUGUGAUGUUUCUCACAGCACCAUUUCUUGGAGUAUACAUUCAUCGCUUUGGAAUUUUCCGCAUGUAUAUUUUUGGACAAAUUAUGACAGGAAUAACGGCCAUAAUAUUCGGAAUGCUGAUUUUUCUACCAAAUGGCCUACUAUUCUUCUUUGGAAGUUCAUUUAUACGCAUUUUUGAAACAUUCGGAGAUGCUGCAUUUGUGACAUCGAGUUUCGUUAUCGCUGUCAAUCAAUUUCCAAAAAAUGUGGCUUUUGUUCUUGCCCUGAUGGAAACAUUUGCCGGUUUGGGUUACUCAGUUGGUCCAAUGAUUGGAGGAAUACUAUAUGACAUGGGUGGAUUUAUGGUUCCAUUUUUGAUUCUUGGACUCGUGCUUAUUGUGAAUACAAUGUGUGGAGCAAUGUUGAUCAAAUAUAAAAGCGAAACCAUUAUAGAAGACGACGGUAAAGGAAUUCUAGCAAUGCUCAAAAUUCGAGACAUUUGGUUAUCUUUAUUUGCUGUUUUCUGUUGUGCCGUUUCACUUUCUUAUCUUGAUCCUGCAUUGCCCCCACAUCUAGAAACGUUCAAAUUAAGCACAACUCAGAUUGGUUUUAUGUUCUUUCUGAGUGGAGGAUCAUAUGCUGUUUCGUCUCCCUUAUUGGGUCCACUGGUCGAUCAUUACAAUCACGGCACCUUGCUAACAUUAGUUGGUGCCAUUUUCACCGCAAUUGGACUCCUUCUCAUUGGACCAUCCCCUCUUUUCAAUCCAUAUCUUCAACCAAGUCUCAUCUACACUGGUGUGGCACUUUUCAUUCUUGGUAUUUCGUCAAGUUGUCUUUACGUCCCAGCUUUUCAGAUGUGCCUUGAUUCAGUGAAGGAGCAUGACUUCAAAGAUAACUACCGCACUUACGGAUGUAUUUCUGGAAUUUUCCAAUCCGCUUUUGGAUUUGGAUCAUUUAUUGGACCAACAUUAGGAAGUUACUUGUCUGAGCAAAUUGCAUUCGCCUGGACUACGACGGUUGUUUCAAUUCUGCCAAUUGUCUUGUUCUUCUUAUUGAUUCUGAACUACAGCGCCAAAAGAUGCUCGAAAGAUUGA